AUGUCCUCCGCGCCGGUCGCCGUAUCUGUCGCAUACUCGACAGAUUCUGCCGGUAUGAAUCCUUCGCACACGCUCCCAAACAAGCUUCGCGCAAUUGCAGAGGCGGGAUUCAACCAAGCAGAGCUAGGAUUUCCGGAUCUCGAAGCAUAUGCGGAACAAGAGUAUCCUGGUUAUAAGCAGCUUGACAGGAGUGGGAAAGGCGAUAUCGACAAGCUAGUCCAGGUUGCCGAGAACGUCAAGAAGCUCUGCGAUGACUUACACCUGACAAUACUCGCUGUACACCCCUUCGACAAAUUUGAGGGGUAUCAGGAUUCAGCUAAGAGAACCGCCGGUUUCGAGAAAGCUGCUGCUUGGUUCAGAGUGCUGAAGGCUCUUGGGUGUGAUCUGCUACAAGUAGGUUCGACGCCUGACGAGUCUACCAGCGGUGAUUAUGACGUCAUCUCCGGGGACUUGAGGCAGCUCGCAGACGAAGCUGCGGCUCAGGAACCUCCCAUCCGCAUCGCUUACGAGCUCUGGGCUUGGGGUGCGCAUGUAAACCGUUGGGAGCAUGUCUGGGAAGUCUGCAAGCGCGUGGAUAGGUCCAACUUCGGGUUAUGCCUUGACACAUUCCAAAUCUGUUCCCGCGACUACGCUGACCCGACCUCCGCCAACGGUCUCCUGCAGGAUUCCCCUAGCGGGUCUGCCCUAAUAGAGCUUUCCUCUUCGCUGAAGGCGCUCGCGACCACCAUCCCUCCAGAGAAGAUCUUCUACUUCCAGAUCUCAGACGGCUCGCACAAGGUCAAGCCGGACGCCUUGAAGCGGACCGCGGCAGAGCAGGGCAUUAGUCCGCUGUACGCGUGGUCUAACGCGUGGCGCCCUCUCCCAUACAUGGACGAGGUGUGCCCGAGAGAGGACAAGCAGAGUUGGGGCGGGUACCUGCCCGUUCUGGACGUGUGCGACGCGGUCCUGAGGACCGGCUGGAGGGGACCGUGGUCUUAUGAGGUGUUCUACGAGGAGGAUAUGUCCGAAGAUGACCAGCAGAUUCCCACGAAGUGGGCGACGGCGGCGGCGAAGAGCCAUGACGUAUUGGUGAAGGAGCUGAAGCAACGCGGAUACUAG